CAAGAAGCUGUAGGUCGCAGCCUGAACUGACAGCUCUGAACAUGUGCGCUCUCUCACUGCUCUCUCAGUACAGUCAGUGUCAGCAUCAGCUGAUGGCAAAGCGCAGUUAGCUAGUGGCUUACAUCUAACCAGGUGGUACAUCUCUUUUUGCCUGGAUACUAUUCACUCUGCUUCACCUAUCCCGGGGUCAGAGAGCCGGAGAAGAGCGCUUUAUUUAACACUGUGGUGCUGCUAAUUAUAAGCUAACGUCAGGUAACCAGCUGCAGCAGACUCUCCUAAAAAUGGCCACUGUUUCAAUUCCUGCUUGUACCAGUGCACUCUUGCUGGAUAUCGAAGGAACAACAACACCAAUUACAUUUGUGAAGGAUAUCUUAUUUCCAUACAUCAGGGAGCAUCUUGAGGAGCAUUUGUCUACUCACUGGGAGGAGGACGAGUGCAAACAAGAUGUUCAUCUCCUAAAGAAACAGAUUGAAGAGGACAUGAGACAGCAUCGGUCGUGCCCUGUCCACACCGUGGACCAGACGGUUCACACAGACGAGGAGAAGGCCAUUAGGGAAGUGAUGGAUAAUGUGCUGUGGCAAAUGGCAGCAGACAGGAAGUCAACAGCACUCAAACAGCUCCAGGGGCACAUGUGGAGGGCAGCUUAUUCAUCCGGGAGAAUCAAAGGCGAGGUGUACCAGGAUGUUAUUCCCUCCAUCAAAAGAUGGAGAGAACAGGGACUAAAGGUGUACAUUUACUCGUCUGGAAGCGUGGAGGCACAGAAACUUCUGUUUGGAUACUCUGUGGAAGGAGAUGUUUUAGACUUAUUCGAUGGUCACUUUGAUACCAGUAUAGGAGCUAAAGUGGAAUGCAAAAGCUACGAGAGAAUCGCUGAGCGGAUCGGCUGUCCACCCGAGGAAAUCACAUUCUUGACCGACGUCACUCGUGAGGCUAAAGCAGCUGAAGAAGCCGGGCUGAACGUGGUGGUGGUGGUCCGGCCUGGAAACCUGGAGCUGACGGACGACGAGAGGGCCCACUAUGGCCUCGUUACAUCCUUUAGCCAACUUGAACUGACGGGACGCGCUUAACGUAGCGUGGAAGGAGACGGGGAGACCUUCUCUGACUGUGUUCCAUACUGACCUGGUCCUUCUCUUCUCUAGUCCUCCCAGCUCCCCUUCACCUCCUUGCUUUUUGCAACUCUGCUUUUAUUUGUGCCACGUUGACCGUUGAAGAAGUGUAGGAGAUGCUGCUGGGACUCCAGUUAGCCACCAGGAGGGCUAACAUAGUCCCAGUCUGUAAGAAGUGCAUCUACACAGGUAUUUUAGGACGUAUGGGAACAGAUCUACGUAGGAGCAUCACUCUCAUCGGACCAUUUGAUUGACUGAUAAGAGAGCGAAGCCUGAUGGAAACUGCACAUAACCUGUAGAGUGGAGUAACUUUUCCUUUUUAGAUGAACCCUAUUUUGGUUGCUGAACCGCUUCCAAACUUUCCAACUGUAUGUGUUGUAUUUCAUCACUGUUUAGUAAACAUUUUCCAUCCGUGUAGUGUUUUCUCCCCCUGUACUCACACUGUACACACGUUGCAGAUGUUUGAAGUUUUAUCCAGUGGUUGAACUGUUUAACGUUGUAAUGUAUUAGAAAGUAGAACUACAGUUUAGAUGCACUCAGCAGUGCUGCUGCUGGCAGGAAGUUCUCACUUCAAACUUUGUCUUAGUCUACUCAGCAGGUGAAUGGUGUCUAUAUAAAUGUGUCAUCCUCGUAAUGUUGGUGUUGGAAAGUUACCCUAAAUAAAUUGCCAAAUUGAGGAUUAUGUAUGAAACAUAAGUGGUAUGAUUCAGGAUUUGAUCAUCUGAAGUCUUGCUUCCAAUAAAUGCCUUGUCUCACACAUAA